AUGUUCACUGUUGCUAUUCCUCGUGACAUGAGGGAGGCGUGCAUGUAUGUUUUUGUUCAACAGUAUGCAAGCAGCAGGAAAUUAGAAAAAAGCUCAGAAGAUUUGUACGCUAUUGUCCAAAGGCAUGGCGAACCUAUUCGGGACUACAUCAGACGUUUCAACAAAGCGAAAGUAUCAAUCACCAACUGCAGCGAACAAACCGCUGUCACGGCCUUCCGUAAGGGCCUUCUGCUAGGAUCAGAUUUGUACAAGACCCUUACCAAGUAUUCAUGCAAGACCAUGGAAGACGUGUUGAUCCAGGCUUGGGCUCAAACUAAAUGGGAGGAGGACCAGUACAACAUGCAGAGAGUCUUUCCGCUAGAGAGACCUAAAAGAGACUAUAGGGUCGACAGAAGGUCUGGUCAUGACAAUCGUGAUAGACGAGCUGAGCCCUACACGCCAUCUCAUAGAGGAAACAAAGGGAGAAGAUAUUACUAUCAAACACUAAAUAUGCACCCGCGUGAAAGAGCGAAACUCCCAAAAUACCUUUUGUCCAUUUCACCCGUGGAGGCUGUAACAGCUUUGAUGAACCUUGGCGAUAAGGUCAGUUGGUCGGAGAAAAUGAGAGCUCCACCCGACCAAAGAGACAGAUCAAAAUGGUUUGACUUCCAUAAUGACCACGGUCACCGCACAGAUGAAUGCAUCACGCUCAGAUUGAAGGUGGCAAACUUAUUGAAAAAAGGGCACCUCACCGAUCAUUUGAUCGACAAAGGCAGACAGACCCUGCAACAGGCGAGGGAAAGAUAA